AUGGGUUCCAUCACGACUGACCCGCCCUGCGGACAGCGACUUCUUCCAAAUUUGAUUGAUCAGAUCGCAUUUGACGAGCCAGACAAGGUAUUCGCUUCGAUUCCAUUCACAAACAAUCCAGAAGAUGGAUUUAGAGAUAUCACAUAUCGACAAUACGCCCGUGGAAUUGAUCGAGCCGCCCACUGGCUCCAGGCGAAUCUGACGAAAAGAGAAGAAUUUGAGACGGUGGGCUACACAGGUCCAACGGAUUUGAGAUACUGCUUCUUCACUCUUGGUGCUGUAAAAGCCGGGUUUAAACUGCUCUUGACCUCCAGCAGAAACUCAGUCGAGGGGAAUGUCUCACUUCUCAAGGCUACUCAAUGCCGAACUUUUUUGACGCCGUCGAAAGUGCCCCAAUUGAUUUUAAACUGCCAUCAAUUUCAUCCGCUAGAUGUGUUCUGCGUUCCAGACCUGAGUUACUUCUUGUCUGAAGCACCGAUGAAACCGUUUCCGUUCAGCAAAUCUUUCGCCACCGCAAAGCAGGAGCCCUUCGUUGUUCUUCACACGUCAGGCUCCACCGGGUUGCCAAAACCCAUCGUCGUCAAGCAUGCCGCUUUGGCUUGUAUCGAUGCUCUCCGCAAUAUUCCCUGGGAACCAGACUUGAACCUGGUACAGCAUGAGUUCAUCUACGAGUACGAUAGCUUUUUCAUCGCUAUGCCUGCUUUUCACGCAGCCGGCAUUUUCAUGAUCUGUGCAAUGCCAGUCUUCUCCGGGGCGAAAGUCAUCUUAGAUUCCCCUGAAUCUCCAAUGACAGCCAGGAAUGCAAAUGCUGUCCAUGUCUUCGCCAAGCCCGACGCGAGUUUGCUUGCCCCUUCCAUCUGGGACGACCUCACAAAAGAGCCGAAGUAUUUGGAAAAUCUUCGACUUCUGAAGGGAGCUAUGUACGGAGGUGGUCCCUUGCCACGAGCAGCAGGUGAUAUGUUGAGUAAAUUCACCAAGAUUAUCAAUCUUUACGGUUCAACUGAAGCGAUGCUUCUGCCCAUGCUUGUCCCCGACCAGGAAGACUUCAAUUACUUCCGCUUUUACUCUCAUUGUGGUAUCGAGAUGCGACCAAACGGCGACGGCCUCCAUGAAUUGGUAAUCCAGCGCAAGAAAGAAUAUGAACCGAUUCAAGGAAUCUUCACGACGUUUCCAGACCUUCAAGAAUACUCCAUGAAAGAUCUGUUUUCCAAGCAUCCUCGCAAACCCGGACUAUGGCGAUAUGAAGCUAGGGAUGACGAUGUAAUUGUUCUUGUCAACGGAGAAAAGCUCAAUCCCGUCACAAUGGAGCAGAUCAUUCAAUCUCAGGAUUUUGUGGCUGGAGCACUCGUUGUCGGACAAGCAAGGUUUCAAACGGCUCUUCUAGUCGAAUUGACAAAGUCGGCAGCAAAUGAAGAUCGGAAUGUCCUCCUGGAAAAACUGCGACCGGUCAUCGAAACAGCGAACAAGGAAUGUCCUGCACAUGGAAGGCUCGCAAAGUCUAUGGUACUGUUCACUUCUUCGGAGAAGCCAAUGUUGCGGGCGGGGAAAGGGACGAUCCAGCGAAAAUUGACGCUGGACAUGUAUGCACCGGAAAUUAGCGAUCUGUACAAUGCGGCCGAUUCCCAUGACCUCAUGGACCUCCCACUAGAGAGCCGCGGUGAGUUUGUGAAAGCGUUGCAGACGGUUCUGUCUGCAACCUCCGACGUCACUCUAUCCAGUCUGGACGCGGACUUUUUUGCCAAUGGCGUGGACUCGCUUGGAGCCCUGAUAGUUGUCAAACACAUCAAGAUGGCAUUUGAAAGACGCGGCGUCAGUCCUGAAUUGGUCUCGGCCGGCAUUUUCUACUCCCAUCCGACUGUCAACAAACUCACCGACAAGGUAUAUGCGCUUUUCCAAACUUCGCAGACCGGUGCCAGCCCCGCCGACUCUUCGUUGGAGGAGAUGCAAAGAUCCUUGGACCGCUGGUCGUCAGAUAUACUCUUGGCGAAGGGAAAGCGACAUGCAGUGCGAUCUACAGUAAUUCUUACCGGUUCAACAGGCUCAUUAGGAUCAUACAUUCUUCACACUCUCAUCACGAAUCCAGAGGUCGAGCACAUUUACUGCUUCAAUCGUAGCGAUGAUUCGACAGAGCGGCAAGCAAGGUCUAAUGCUAAUCGAGGUCUCUCAACGGACUUCUCCAAGGUCAGCUUUCACCAAGUGGACGUCUCUCAACCCCGGUUCGGUCUCGAGGAUGCUCUCCACAAGAAAUUAGUUGAUUCAGUUACCCAAAUUAUCCAUAAUGCUUGGGCUGUUGAUUUCAACUGGGCUUUCUCAUCUUUUGAGGAAACUCACAUAGCAGGAGUAAGGCGUCUCAUCGAUCUCUCCGCCAUGUCGGUGAAUCGGGCAUCCAUAUUCUUCAUCUCCAGUAUCAGCACGGUGAUGGGCUGGCAAACCAACCAUGGCAACAGCACCAUUCCAGAAGAAAUCUUCCACGACAUGACUGUCCCUCAGCAAAUGGGAUAUGCGCAGUCCAAAUAUGUUGCUGAGAGACUCCUCGAAGCAGCUUUUGUCCAAGGUAGCGUGCCAACUACCGUGUGUCGAAUUGGUCAGAUUGCAGGGCCCGUUCGACAGGGUCAGGGUAUGUGGAAUAAACAUGAAUGGCUCCCAACAAUCAUUGGAAGUUCGAAGGUGAUGAAGAUGCUUCCUGUUUCUUUGGGUGCAAUGCCACAUGUCGAUUGGGUACCGGUGGAUAUUCUUGGAGAGGGCUUGGUAGAGAUGGCACUCAGAAGAGACGGAGGACACGAAAAUAUGCAAGUAUACCACGCCAUCAACCCUCGAACGGCCGACUGGAGCACUCUAGUCCCGACAAUCAAGAAGAACAUCGGCGUUGCGGAUAUCAAGGAAGUCUCUUAUGAAGAGUGGGUGGACGAAUUGACACGACGAUCAAUGACAGAGAAUCCGCGCAGCAUUCCAGCUUUUCGGCUCUUGGAUUUCUAUCAAGCGUUGAAGCAGCAAUCAGCAGAUACCGUGCUAGAGGGAAUGCUGGAGACGAAGAAGACGGUUGAAGCUAGCAAGAUUUUGGCCGGUCUUGAGGCAGUGUCACCGAGCUGGAUGGACACAUGGAUGAAACAAUGGAAUUUCUGA